AUGGAUCCAAGGAAGGGAGGAACUGGUCAAAAUUCUGGCAAUGGGGUUGCUUUGGAGAUGGGAAAGGAAUCAUCAGAUUCGGGGAAGGCAGCGAUUGGUAAAGAAGAAGGAGCCGAGGGAGAGGGGGUUAGUCGGAAUCUUACUGAUUCAGUUCAUGUUGUCGAGCUACAGAGCUCAGCCGUGGUAGAUUCCAGCAGCUUGUCCGCGAGCGUCAGUGGAGAAAACAGGAAUUUGGAAGCGAAAGGCGAUGACUUGCGGCUCACUGUGGUUGCGACAAACCAGCAAACAGGUGGUGGGCAUGGAGAAAGCGAGGCAUUGGAUAAAGGCGGCCAAGGAAGCGGCGGGAACCACAAUGCGCACGGAGAUAGAGUUGUGCCUGAGACGGUAAUUUCCAUGGAAAACUCCGUUGAUAAUGGGGAAAGCUUUGUUGUCAAGAGCAACAAGGCUAACGCGGCGGAUAACUUGAAGGCGAUAGUGCCGAAGGGGGAGAAGAAGACUUCAUGCGUGAUUGAUGUGAAGUGUGAUGUUGGGAAUUUGAAGGAUAACUGUGACAGGGAGAAGGUUUGCAGAAUUUGUCAUUUGAGUUCUGAUGGGUCGAUUGAAGUCCCCACUGCAGGGCCUGGUGUGACUGUGACUUCCAUGGAGCUCAUUCAGCUCGGUUGUGGAUGUAAAGAUGAGCUCGGUGUUUCACAUUCUCACUGUGCCGAAGCCUGGUUCAGGCUCAAAGGAAACAGAGUGUGCGAAAUCUGUGGGGAGACAGCGAAGAACAUAUCAGGAAUCGUAGGGGACAACCGUUUCCUGGAAGAGUGGAACAACAGGAGAUUUCUGCACGGAGGUGGCGGGAAUUCGUCGGAGAGAGUUGGAGGAUGUUGGAGAGGACAACCAUUCUGCAACUUCCUGAUGGCGUGCCUCGUAAUCGCCUUCGUGCUGCCAUGGUUCUUCCGUGGUCUCGGCGUCGGCGGCAAAGAGACAUCACAUUCUUCUCUUCCUCCCCCGUUGCGCACUCCCAUUCUCAUCGCCGUCAAAAUGGUUGACGAUAAGAAGCUUUCCAACCCCAUGAGGGAAAUCAAAGUCCAGAAGUUGGUACUCAACAUCUCCGUUGGAGAAAGCGGCGAUCGUCUCACCCGUGCCGCAAAGGUGCUGGAGCAACUCAGCGGACAAACCCCAGUGUAUUCCAAGGCUAGGUAUACUGUUAGGUCUUUUGGGAUCAGGCGUAAUGAGAAAAUAGCUUGCUAUGUGACCGUGAGGGGCGACAAGGCAAUGCAGCUGCUGGAGAGCGGUCUGAAAGUGAAGGAGUAUGAGCUCCUGAGGAGGAACUUCAGCGACACUGGAUGCUUUGGUUUCGGUAUCCAGGAGCAUAUUGAUCUUGGAAUCAAAUAUGAUCCAUCAACUGGUAUUUAUGGUAUGGACUUCUUUGUUGUCCUUGAGCGCCCGGGAUACAGAGUGGCUCGUCGCCGCAGGUGCAAGGCACGUGUUGGGAUCCAACACAGAGUUACAAAGGAAGAUGCCAUGAAGUGGUUCCAGGUCAAAUAUGAAGGAGUUAUUCUUAACAAGGCCCAAAACAUCGGAUCUUAA